AUGUCCAUGAAGGGCAAAUCAUCCGAAAAUGCUGUGGACAAAGAUGCUGCCGGUGAUGCGUUCAGCAUGUCGAGUAGUUCCUCGAUGGAUGGACAAGAGGCUGCUGAUAAAAAGAAAAAGGAUUUGCUGCCCAUCGCCCCCGUCAUACCGGUGCCGGAGUAUAGCGAAGAGGAUUUGAAUAAGCUCACCAUGUACGUGCAGCGUAUGACAAUGCUGUUCGCUUUAGAUCAUCGCGAUUGGAAUGAGCAAACACUCAAUACUAUCAAACGUUGGUUCAUGGAGGUGAAUCAUCCGCUGAUGACGAUCUUCUACGAUCGCAACAUACUUAGCGUGUGUUUGGGCUUUCCGCUGGCGCCGGUCGCCGAUAUUUGUUACUAUGGACGCAAGCCAAAUCAGAUCUUUACUGUUGAAGGUUUUCACGAUGAAAUUUACUUUGGCACCAUUCAAGAGGAUGUCGACGGCUGCCUGCUGAAGAUUAUGCAAUAUGUCUAUCAACCUAUAUUUCGCAAUUACAAAGAUUGGAAUGACAAUAUCAAGAGUCGCUUCUGCCGAGCAAUGGAUAAAUUUCUCUGCUAUCUCACUAGCUUGCAUUACAAGAUGGCUGGCCUGACAGUUUUGUAUGUGCCAUAUGUGGUGAAGCAGAUCUCACGCCCAGAUGUGCAACACGAUCGCGAAUUUGUCAAAAAUCUGGAAUCGAUUGUAGUCUACUGGACAACGCAAAUACGCACGCUUUUGAACGAUAAGACGCUUGUGGUCCAACAUGAUUUCGUGGUGCCCACAGAAGAGUAUGAAUUCUGGCUGUAUCGAUUCGAAGUACUCCAAGGAUUAGACACACAACUGCAACACGAAGACGUACAGCAGAUCAUACAAGUAUUGCGCAACUCUCAUUCCGUUUAUAUUAAGCAAGUGGAUGAACUGAUCCAAGAGUGCCACAAUGAAAUGGAAGAAGCCAAAUCAAAUAUUAAAUAUCUAUUCUUACUCAUCGAGCCGUGCUCGUUGAUUGACAAAGCCGAAUCUCCCGCUGCAGUAGCAGCACUCAUACCACGAAUUGUGAAUAUCAUACGUUACAUAUGGUUGAACUCCGAGUACUAUCAACGUCGCGAACUCAUCACCGGACUAUUUCGUAACCUGAGCAAUCAGAUUAUAAAAUUUUGUCUCGACCAAGUCAAUGUCUAUAAGGUGUUACAGGGCAACUCGCGUUUUGGCAUACGUAUGGCUAAUAUGUCAAUCGAUUGCUGUCUCUCAUACAAGGCCAUCUAUGACAUAAUGUCCAAAGAGCAUGCCACGCGUGAGCCUAAAAUCGGUUGGGAUUUAGAAAAUGCAAUGAUUUUCAAUCAUGUGGAUGCUUUCAUUGAGCGGCUUAAUGAUCUGAUUGAUAUUUGUGAGUCGAUGAUUGUAUUUGGACGUCUAGAUGAAACCGAGGCAAUACCAAAGCCUACCUUUGGCGGUACUAACGGCGAAGAAUUCGAGCGAACAGCAGAAGGCGUUGAGAAACAAUUUAUGAUACUGCUGGAAGCAUUAGAACAUGAUUCCAAAGAGCUAAUAUUAAACGUCAACAAAAACGAGUG